GACACACCGGCUGAUGCUGCUACUUGUACCACUGCUGAAGCUUCUGCUACACUGUUCACAUCUGAACCUUCAUCUGUUAGACUCAACUGGAGCUUUCUGUUCCUUUUGACCUGGGGUUGUGCAUGAGGUUUAUGUGUGAAUGGGAUGUCUGAAAGAGAUGCCUGCUAAAGAGUGACUGAUGAGAACCAGCGCUCCGGUGUGGAGGGUGACCCCCUGUGUCCGUACCACCACUACUCGGGGAGAAUUGGACGCCUGGCGUUUCCACGACGACUAUAAUGGGCUGCAAUCUGUGCACUUUACAGAAGCGAGAGGAACACUACAAGCUGCUGUAUGAGAUUGCACAGGUGAAUGGGAAGGAGUUGUCCAAGUCCAGCCAUGAGGAGACUGUGGAGGCCUUUCGCGCUGCCAAGGACCCCGUCGUGGUGCAGGUCAUCAGGCGGACCCCCAGCGGCCGCCCCCACGGCCCCCCUCAGGAAAUCCAUGUGGUGGACGAGUGUACUCAGACCGACAUCACCUUUGAACACAUCAUGGCGCUGGCAAAGCUCCGGCCGUCAACCCCUCCUGUGCCUGACGUCUGUCCCUUCCUGCUCUCUGACAGCUGUCACUCUCUUCAUACAAUGGACCAGGAUUACUAUGAAGGGACAGACUACCUCUCCCCUGUUCCAGCUGAUGGAGAGAGGACAGAGGAGUUUGAGUAUGAGGAAGUGGAGUUGUGUCGACUCAACAGCCAAGAGAAGUUGGGGCUAACUCUGUGCUACAGAACAGAUGAAGAGGAGGAUGUGGCCAUCUAUGUUAGUGAGAUCAGUCCAAACAGCCUCGCUGCCAGAGAUGGAAGGAUCCGGGAGGGGGAUCGCAUUUUACAGAUUAAUGGCCAAGAUGUACAAGACAGAGAGGAAGCCAUGGCUGCGCUCUCCAGUGAUGAGUGUAGGAACAUCGUGCUGCUGGUUGCCAGACCUGAGAUGCAGCUGGAGGAGGCCUGGCUGGAUGAUGAGCACAGUGAGUUCCUGGAGCAGCUGAAGAUGGAAAUGUUGGAGGAGCAACAGAGAGAGGAGAUGGAAUUGGCUGCCUUACAGGAGGAGCAGGAGUAUGAGCAGAGAGCAGAAGAUGAGCCCACCUGCUCCACGCUACCUCAUCAUAAGGAUAGUGUACUGAGUAUAAGAGACAGAAUGGAAAGCUCAGAGCAUAAUGUCCUGGCACACAUCCAGAGACGUCUGUCCCAGUGCCUAAGAGACAAUCGGGACACACACCGUACCACCAGCUCCACAAGGCUGGAGGACAAAGAGGAUGAGGACGAUGAUGACACUGAGGGUGAUCGUUUCCAACAGCUCUUGGAACUGAAGUGUCAGAUACGUAACAGCGGUGAGUACGACCUGUUCUACAGCCGCCGCAGCACCAUCGAGUGCAGCAUGGGGGAGCAGGGCGGCAUGCAGCAUGAGCUACGUAUGCUUAACGAGGAGCUGCGCAGCAUCGAGCUCGAAUGUCAGAACAUCAUGCAGGCCCAUAACCUUCGGAAGGGCCAACAGUCUCCCUCCUCGGGUCGCUCUGCACCCUCAACCAAAAACCAAAGCUUCCAUCAGAGUGAGCAGACAAAGGGUAAGCUGGCUGACAUUAAUGAGAGGCUGGAGAAAUCGGACAAGGACAGCUCCAGUGCCUAUAACACAGCAGAGAGCUCACGGAGCACCCCUCUGGCAAUGGAUCGUUCCCCAGAGCAUUCACUCCAGAGGAUGGUUAGUCUCACCAACCAGAGGAACCUUUGUGGUGGCCUUGCCACUGGCCCUUCUCUAAGCCCAAGCCCCGUCCCAGCAUGCCGUGCUCCAGCACCAGGCAAAAGCAGCAGCCCUGACCACAGCAAUCCCUCUGAGUCGAAUCAGACUCCUCAAGCUGAGGAGGAGAUCGGUGGGAAAUUAAAGCCACGUGCUUCUCAGAUUCCUUACUUCUCUCCAUCCCACAGUUCCCAGCAGAGGCAGGUCAACAUCCCAGCUCAUGCCCGCCACUACCAGAGCUACAUGCAGCUGAUCCAGCAGCGCUCAGCUGUGGAGUAUGCUCAAAGCCAGCUCAGCCUCCUCAGUGUCUGCAAAGAGCCUCAGAGGCCCAUUAAUGAGCCCAAGAUGGAGUGGAAGGUCAAGAUCCGCAGCGACGGCACACGCUACAUCACAAAGAGGCCUGUGAGAGACAAGAUCCUGAGGGAGCGAGCCCUAAAGAUUAAAGAAGAGCGCAGCGGGGGAAUGACAACGGAUGAUGAUGCAAUGAGUGAAAUGAAGAUGGGGAGGUACUGGAGUAAAGAGGAAAGAAAGCAGCACCUGGUCAGAGCAAAAGAACAGAGGAAAAGACGAGAGUUCAUGCAGCGCAGUCGGCUGGAAAGUUUGAAGGAGAACCCUCAGAGCAGCAGCGAGGGUCGCAAGGAAGUCAGCAUUAUAGAGCUCAGCCACAAGAAGAUGAUGAAGAAACGCAACAAGAAGAUCCUGGACAACUGGAUGACCAUCCAGGAGCUGAUGACUCACGGCACUAAGGCCCCUGAGGGAGCCAAGGUGCACAACGCCUUCCUAUCAGUCACUACUGUAUAAAAACACACACACUCUCUACCCCAUGCGGUAUAAUAUACUUGCCUCGUUCAAUGUGGCGUUUUUAUGAGGACAAUAGGAAUAUUUUUCACAGUUUGUAACCCAAAAAAGCAUUUUGUAAAGAAUUUAUCAGUGGUAUCAUGACAUUUUCUUCAUGUUCUUUAAGUAUUUUUUUUUUCACAUCAGUCUACGGGAAAAGCAUUUUUUUCUAGGAAAUUAUGACUAUAUAAUUAUUUUAUUACUUCGCUCUAAACAUGUUUAUCUUUUCAAUUAUAUUUUCAUAUUUAUGUUGUAACCAUAUAACUCAAAAAAGUUGUAUGAGCAUCUUAAGAAAUGUUAAUUAUUUUCUUUGUUGUCUUAUGUACGCUUGCUGGUUGCAACACACAGUGCAUCAGUGGGUGUCCUACCUUUCACUUACUGUUUUAAUGCUCCUUUAAUAAACAGAUCUCAUUAUCCUUUAAAGCUGAAAUAAAUUACUCUCUCAAUGUUGUCAAACGUAAUUGAAAUUACGGUUCAGACUAUUGGUGCAUAGACUUAGACUAGAAGUCCAGCUAGUCAAAGUCCACCAUACAAGUAUCCUAAAAUGAUCAUAGUUUAAGUCAGUUUAAAAAACAGUUAAAAGGAGGUACAAUUUUCAGCUUUAAAUGGACAUAGAUAUCACACAUUCCAAACAUAGUACUGUAUAACUGGCUCCUAAUGAAAUAUAGAGUAUAACUACAGCAAGAAUGUCUUUUAUCCCAAAUUUGAUGAAUUGGAAAUAAAUCCAAUGAGCUGAACGGGAAAAACUGCCUUCAAACUCAUAAUGUUUCACCUCAAAAUGUGGUAUCUGGUAAUCUGGGGGGUUGGUUGAGGUUUUAGAUGACUGAACAUCGUAAAUUGUUAAUAUGAGCAGAAGUUUCUGGUCAACAAAUAACUUUUGCUAAUAUCAUUUUUAUCAUCAGCAAUUUUGUAAAAGCAUCUUUUGAAAGUUUGAUACCUCAUGUUCCAGUGAAAUUCUGCAUAUGUUGUUUCUUUUAUUUCUGAACUAAAGCCACUUUCUUACAAAGCAACAAACUAGGAGAUAGUUAAGCUGCUACACUGAACGGAAAAACAACUUUGUGGACAAAGUAUGUAUGUACUAUAUAUUGUACUUCUAAAAUAGUUCGAGAUUUUUUUGGUGUAAGGGUACACAGAAAUCCAGUCCACGAUAUUCUGACUCAUUGCCAGUGCUGCAGCUUUGUUUGUAUGGUUUGCAGCUUUGGAUAAAAAUAUUUUGUAUUCAGUUUUAUUUUGCUUAAGUUUUUUUCUACAUAUUCAACAACAGAUGGACCUGCGCAUAGCUUUCACAUACCAGCAUUUUUACAUAAUUUUUACUCUCCACCUACACCUUUUACUCAGCAUAGCCUUAACAGCAAAAACUGAAUCAAUGAUGCAUUUGUGUGGCAAACUGACUUCAUGCACAGACAAACUGUCUCUGGAUAUCUCCGUGCAAGAGAGAGGUAUUAUUCAGCCUUAUUCAUUCAUUGUAUAAUUUGAGUUUUUAGUAACAGGAAAAAUUCAUAGAAAUUGUAUAGUCAUUACUGAAUUAUGUUUGCAGUCACAUUAAACUUGUGUUGGGAUGAUUGCCACUGAGCAGGACUCAGAACACAGCAUAUUAGAUCAAAAAAACUAAAGUGGUGAAAUGAAUGGGUUGCCAUUUAUCAAGCAGACUUUAUAGUUCAGUUACGUGUACAGUAUACUCAUUCCAAAUGCCUCAUUUUUAACUGAAAUAUUGUAAAUUUUAAAUCAAUCCCUGUAUUUGUUUGGAGUCAAUGUCAAUGGUCUACUUUCAAGUAAUGCGUAGUUGGCACAUUUGUAGCCAGGUAAAAUGUGUGAUAAUGAUGAUCUUUGCAAAAGAAAUGAUAAUAAAUUAUUGGUUUUUGGUAUAACA